AUGAACCUCAAAACACCGGCUCGGCCUCCAAGCUUGGAAGACGCGACAAAGCCGGGGCCGGUUGUCGUAAGACGUCGGGCCCCGACGUGGCCGGGCCAGUCCGGUGCAGGCUGGUCACGGCCAAGGUGGGCCGACAGGCGCCGCCGCCCGCCGGCGGGCCGGCCGCCUGUUUCCGGUGGCUUCGGAUACCUCCUCUGCGGCCCAACAGAUUCUCGACCCGAAACCGAGGCCAGCCCGAGUUUGCUCGUGUCGAGCGACCCGGUCGAGGGUCCUGAUGAGUUCAUAACCACAGAUCGUGCUCCGAAGGCUGUUCGAAAACUAACGGGCCCCACUGCUUUCACGGCUGCGCUGAACCAAUUUAGGCGCGGCCAUCUGGGGAAGAUCUUGGAAAGCAUCGGAGUGGCGCGGCUGGCUGAUCAGGCAGGCGCCCCUCACGAGCUUAUCCACCGGGCACACAGCCAUGUUAGUGAGCGCACUGCCGAGGAGAAAACCACUCACGAUGACCCGCUCAAUGACUCCAUGGACUCGGCGUUCGCCUUCUCACGGGAAUGCCGGAGUCAUGCAACCAGCAGUCCUUGA